AUUUGAUCCACUUUCCGCCAUGGUUCGAAGCUUGGACCUGGAGGUUUGUUGGGCACCACCAAGGGCAUACCAUCGCCUCAUGGCCCAUGCGGUGGCUUUUGAAGCGAAAGGACAUGCCCCCGAUGCCAAAGCUGCAGCGGAGCUGGACGAAUUGGCCAAACAGCAGGACUUCCUCGGUCGCGAGACAGACGAGGAGCUGUUAGAAGAUAUCCAGGAUGCAGAACAGGAAGAUGCCCAACCCAUUGAGGAACCUUUACCGCCACCGCCAGAGCCAGUAGAGGAACCCUCUGAGCCCUUCGAUGAGCUGGCAGAUUCCAUGACAGAGGCGCCCAAAGCAGGCCUUGUCAUCUCACUGCCGUCUGGUUCAGGUAUUCCAGGGCCUCCUGAGCGCGAAGCACAAGUGAUGGAUCGUUUAACCACCGUGGUGGGAAAGCUUCAGGAUGCCGCCAACACUUUGGAAGGUGGACCCUCUGCUGGAUCCUUCCUACAGGUGACUCCUGCAGCAUGGUACGGGCGAGACUUCCUGUGACAGCAAAAAAA